CGGAGGCCCGCCCGCCUUCCCUCCUCCUCCUCUUCCUCCUCCUCUUUCGCCCGCCGCGGCCGCCUGCCAUUGGGAGCCGCGCCGAGGCAGCCGCUCUUGCUCCGCCGCCAUCAUGAGCUUCUUGUUUGGUAGCCGCUCUUCUAAAACUUUUAAACCAAAGAAGAACAUUCCAGAAGGCUCCCACCAAUAUGAGCUGCUGAAACAUGCGGAGGCAACUCUUGGAAGUGGCAACUUACGGAUGGCUGUUAUGCUGCCCGAAGGCGAAGAUCUCAAUGAAUGGGUUGCCGUGAACACUGUGGACUUUUUUAACCAGAUCAACAUGCUUUAUGGGACAAUUACAGACUUCUGCACAGAGGAGAGCUGUCCAGUGAUGUCUGCAGGGCCAAAAUAUGAAUAUCAUUGGGCAGAUGGGACAAACAUCAAGAAGCCAAUCAAGUGCUCGGCACCAAAGUACAUCGAUUACCUUAUGACCUGGGUUCAGGAUCAGCUGGACGAUGAGACGCUGUUUCCAUCCAAAAUAGGCGUUCCUUUCCCAAAGAAUUUCAUGUCUGUAGCUAAGACCAUCUUGAAGCGUCUCUUCAGAGUUUAUGCUCACAUAUAUCACCAGCACUUUGAUCCGGUUAUCCAGCUUCAAGAAGAAGCACAUCUCAACACGUCCUUCAAGCACUUUAUCUUUUUUGUUCAGGAAUUUAACCUUAUAGACAGAAGAGAACUUGCUCCACUCCAAGAACUGAUUGAAAAACUCACUUCCAAGGACAGAUAAGCGAAAAUGAAAUGGUGGAGAUCCAGUUUGUUUUCUUUAAGCAGGCAUGUGGGGUUUUAGGGAUUUGGGCUGAAAUUCUCUACGCACUUAAGGUUCCACGGGACUUAACUCCCGAGUAAGUGUGUGGAGGUGGUUUGCAACCUUACGUUCGUUUGUUUUAGAAAGGAAAGGAAACUUCUGUUUUAAUUCAGGCAACCUAGAUCCAUUCUCUGUGCUUUUUAUUAGUGAAACCUCUUUCACUUAGUGAGAUAUACAGUACACACACACACACAGUAAAUGGUUUUCUGUUCUUGUUCAUUGUUAUUGUUGAUUUUUAGCAGAUUGUUGUGUGUUAAUAAAGGAAAAUGACAUGCUUGUUGGGAAAUGUGACACUGCUAGUUGGAAAGUGCAGGAUUGCCAGUCGUAUAUCAUUCUCAGAAGGUCCUUAAAAGAGACUUAAUCUUCUCUAAGUGCCUUGGUAGAUUCUCUUCUGAGGUACAAAGCACAUACAAAGAACAUUGCUGGAAACAGAAAACACAAAUAGCUACCCAGGACAUUUAUUAAUACUUGUUAUAUGUAAUUAAUAUGUGCAAACCUUUUCUAAAAGCCAUAACGUCUGUCAGUGAUCUCCAAUCUUUUAAGAGAAAGCAAUGACUUUAGAAGUGAACAUAGGUUAGGGAAGAGAAGUCAGCAAGUAGCUCACUUUAUUUUUAUGAAUAACAUACUGAGCUACCCAUCUGAUACAUCUUUGAUACCGUAAGGGCCAAGAAUAAUUUUGGGCACACCGCUUUUCACAAUUUACAUUCUGCCAAGAUUUUAACUCAUUUUGAUCUGAAAGUAGGAUUAUUUUUUUCUCAAUCUGUACUUUAUCAAACUGAACCUUAAACUUUCCUGUCCUUUAAAUCAAGAGUCCUGCAGUGGCUUCAAGUCAAAAUAAAAGGGAAGUAGUUUCUAAGGAAUAAUAAUAUUAAUAAGGCAAUAUUUAUAAAUCUACCAUAGUAAUUUUAAAAAAUGUGGAUAAAACAACCCUAGUCUUUCAACUUUUAAUAAGAUAAAUUGUCUCAGUCUAUUUAACAUAGAGUAUACUUACCAUUUCAUU